UCCAGUCCUUUCCCUAUAAAAAUAUCGUCCAAUAUUCUUGCUGCACUGCAAAACGACUACCUAGGAAGCAGUCAUAUAUACAACAUAUACAUUACCUCUUCGGACUUCAGAGCUUUCUCUGUUACUUAGCUUUAUUCUCCAUCCCAGGAUUGCUCUACAUUUCUUCUCAUCUGAGCCAAGUCAUGACGAAGUCUUCAAACGUCCCAGUACAGGCAAACCAAACCAUAAGCAUGGAAGAAUCACCUGAUCCUCCAUUUGUGGAGACAUACAAAGAUCUUUUUGAUACCAUACGCAAUGAAAACCUGGAUUCAAACAAAUACAAUGACCUCUUCUUGGUGGAGGAAUGUGAGUUGCCUCUGAUAAAUCUUCACCAACUAAAUUACGGAGAUAAAUUCGAGAGAGAAGAAUGCAAGAAAAGAAUAGCUAAGGCUUCGCAAGAAUGGGGUUUUUUCCAAGUGGUGAAUCAUGGAGUUUCACAUGAUGUUUUGGGGGAAAUGAAAAGGGAGCAAGUCAAGCUUUUCAAAAGAACUUUCCGUGAGAAGACGAAUAUUGACAAGAAUCUUAACUUCUCCGAAGGAAGUUACCGUUGGGGAACGCCAACGGCAACUUGUCUUCGGCAGAUUUCAUGGUCGGAAGCUUUUCAUAUACCUCUCUCUGAUGUUUCAUGUUCAAAGGGUCUUAGCAGCCUCAGCUCCACAAUGGAACAAUUUGCAACAACACUGUCUGAAUUAGCACAGCAAUUAGCAAGAUUAUUAGCAGAGGAACUGGGACAUUAUAAUAAGUCAAAUUAUUUCAAAGAAACAUGUUUGCCAAGCACUUGCUACCUAAGAAUGAACAGAUAUCCACCUUGCCCUAUUUCUCCACAACUCUUUGGAUUAAUGCCACACACUGACAGUGAUUUCCUCACAAUAUUGCAUCAAGAUGAAAUUGGAGGGUUGCAAUUAUUCAGAGAUGGGAAAUGGAUCUCUGUUAAGCCUAAUCCUCAAGCUCUUAUCAUCAAUAUAGGAGACCUAUUCCAGGCAUGGAGCAAUGGUGUUUAUAGAAGUGUUGAACAUAGAGUUGUGACAAAUAAAGUAAAAGAGAGGUUCUCAACUGCAUUGUUCUUAUGUCCCUCUUACGACACAGAAAUAUUUAGCAGUGUUGAACCUUCUGUUUAUAGAAAAUUUACAUUUAAAGAAUUUAGACAACAAGUCCAAGAGGAUGUCAAGAAAUUUGGUUAUAAAGUAGGUCUUCCUAGGUUUCUUGUAUCAAGCCACUAAACAAAAAAUUUUGCAAUCAAAUUACUAUAUCACGACUUUAAAUAGUUAAAAGGCAAGAGCCUUAGUUUUUCCUUCUUUUUUUUUCUCUUUAUUUCCCAUGUCUCGCAAUGUUAGAACGGGUUAAUA